AUGCCUCCCACCCAACCUACAUCCUUUCACGGAUUCAAGACUAGCGCGGUACAGAUCCAGAGGGCUGCUGGAAAGAUGUCUGUUGUUUGGGACUCUUCUGUAACCUGUGAGAAUGAAGCCGUAGACUUCAUCAGAAAGCCACCGUUGCGAGACGUCCACCAAAAUCUCAGCAAGCACGUAUUCCGACUUCUUGUCGUCGACUAUGAUAGACGCGAACAGCCCGAGCCGGAUUCGUACUCACGUAUUGUCAACGCCGCCCAAGAUGCUUUGUGGAUGGAUAAACAUUUCCUCGACCUCUUCGAACAGGGUACCUCUGGAAGCGAAGUUAUGGAGGACAACGGAAGGCUUCAGUUCAUCGUUCAAUCGCCGAGCGAUGAUGAGGAUGCGUACUUCAGCUUUGCGCUAUCUUCGUCACAUGCCCCAGGUUACAACCGCGAGAGGGAUUGGACGUGUCUCUUUUUCGGCGGCCCACAACUCAACUCUAAGAAACUGAAGGAUCUGUUGGAGGACAUGAAAUAUCCAGAUCAUCAUCCAGAUCUUCUUCCUCCCGACUUCAUGAUCCUGCCUACAACCAUAUUGCUUUGGCAAGUGGGUCGCAUCGCGCGUGCGGUCACUGAGCUCAAUCGAGAGUUCAUGGAGCUGGACGAAAAGAACACAAACGAGAAGUCCGAGGAUGUGCAUCUCAGAAGCUUUGGCCAGGAACUGUCUAGGUUAAGGAAGCUUCAUUAUCGAGCUCAGUUGCGCUAUGCAUUUGCGCUAGACUUUGCUCUCAAGCUUGCCAGAUGCUUCGAAAGUAUCCAGAAGAGCCACUGUGUUGUAAGCGAGACGCAACCGAAACAUCCACACGUGCUCAGUAGGAUUGUACAAAGUCAAGAAGAUGUCCUCAGGAACAUUGGUCGCAACCUAGACAAUCUUCCCUUGCGGAUCGAGGCACAUCAAUCAAUUGUGAGAGCAUCUCCAAUCUCCUAA